AUGAUAGCACAAAUGUAUAAGAUUAUAUGUACAUAUUACAUGAAUAUUUAUCUGCUUACGCCUCAAGUACUCCUGCAUACUUUAGUUUAUAUUCGUUUUUAUUAAGUAUUUACUACUCGCUUAUUUAUUGUAUUCCUUCUAAUUCAGUGUAUUUGCUUUAUGUGUGUUAUUUUCGACUUGCUUCACGCAGUAAUUGGUUACCACUUCUUCAUCCCGAGGGAUCGACGUUUUCCAGAACUUUAAUCGACUAUGAGAGACCACCGCCUUAUUAUCCCGGUUUUUUUGGCUGUAGAUCCUUUAUUAAAACCUACUAUUUACCUAUUUCUUGGUUCUUUUUUAAGUCAUCUCGUACUUUAAGAAUUUUUACUCGUUUUUUACUCGUACUUUAUUUUUCUCUACUCCUAAUAUAUUCUAUCAUACUCCUAUAUCCUAUUUUCUUCCUUUUCUACGUCUAUAAUAUGCAAUUUGGCAUCCCACUACGGAAUAGAAUGAUUAGUGAUAGUGAUUACCACUUGAUGUGUCGCGAAUGCCGAUGGAAUUGGCUGUAA